UCUUUUAGACAGUGCAUUUGAAUGUUCCACCCUGCGUGUCCUUGACAAGAGAGAUGUCUUCUGCUACAAGAUUUAUCCAGAGGUUGCGGAACUGGGCGUCUGGGCAUAAUCUUCAAGAAAAGCUACAACUGCGUUACACAGAAUUGGCUAGCAGGUCUCCACCACCUCCAGCUCUACCAGUGGGUCCAAGCCAUAAGUUUGCCAACAACUAUUAUUGUUCACGUGAUGGACGCAGAGAAGCUAUACCCCCUUCAAUUAUUAUGUCUUCCCAAAAGGCUCUAACUUCUGGAGGCACUUUAGUCAGCUCAGAUUCAGCGGUUUCAAGCGCUACAAAAAAACCAGUGACGCCUGGAGUUUGCCCUCCUAAAUGGGAAUUGUCACAUGAUCAACCCUACCUGUGAACAGUUCAUGGAAGAUUUUGUUCUAUAAUAAUUCACAAUUAACUGUACUGUAAAAAUAAA